CAGAAUAUUUCUCGCAUGUAUCAACAACAAUAACAAAAACAUUCGAUUGUGGAAUCCAUUUGAAUUUUAAAAAACAAAAAUAAAUAAAAAUAUGCUUGGAGCAUUUGAUCUUGGUGAAAAAGAUUAUAAUAUUGAUGAUGAAGAUUUUGAUAGUAAAAUUGAUCCAAAUGAUUCGAAUGAAAAUUUAGAUGAUCCUAUUUAUCAAUUACGUUUACCAAAUUAUGAUGAUGGUGAUUGCGAUGGUCAAAUGUUGAAUGUAUUCGAAACAGCUGAAAAAGGUUCAAUAAAAUUAAUGAAACAAUUUCAAAAAAUUGACCCGGAUUUAAUCAAUGCAAAAGAUGCUGAUGGUUAUACACCAUUACAUCGUGCUUGUUAUCAAAAUCAAAUCAAAAUGGUUAAAUGGUUAAUAAAGAAUGGUGCAAAUGUUUCGGCAUUAACUAAUGAUCAAUGGCAACCAAUACAUUCGGCUGCACAAUGGGGACGAACGAAAAUCCUUCGAAUAUUAUUAGCUUAUGGUGCUAAAAUCAAUGUACAAACAAAUGGUGGUAAUACACCAUUACAUUUAGCUGUAACACGUGCAAAUUCUAAUCAAAAAUUAAUUGAAUAUUUAUUAUAUCAUCCGGAUGUUGAUCAUAGUUUAUUGAAUAAUGCUAAUGAUACUGCAUAUGAUAUUUGUAAACGAAAUUCAAUGCUUUAUAAAUUAUGGGAUCUUUUGUAGAAAAUUUCAUUUUCUUUACUUUUAUUUGUUAAUCAAAAAUAUAACUAAACUAAACUAAAUGCA